AUGUCGAGCUCGACCUCAUACCCCUCAAGCAUUCGACGCUUGAACGCCACCAUGCUUUGUCUAGCUCUACUGCUGCUUCAGCUUCUUUCCCUCUCCGUCUCGGCGCAGCUCACGCCGAUCAGGUCCUCUUCUGCACCACUGUCGGUGCUCGAGCGAGAUGCGUUCUCGGACCAGGAUUCACCCAACACCGAAGGCGAAGACCACGGACGUGUCACCAUCCCCAAAGGCGCCUCCCUCGUCUCUCUUCCCGUCACAUCUGCAGCCUCCGUCGCUACCUACUGGACCUCGAACCCUCAAAACUCCACCGCCACCAACGCAUACAUCAUGAUGCACGGCAAACUUCGUGACGGUGCCAACUACUGGACCAUCCUCAACAACGUCCUUCAAUCCGCCAUCUCUGCCAAAACACCCAACGCCGUCUCGACUUCGAUCAUCACAGCGCCGCAGUUCUACUCCACCAAGCUCAACUCUGGUCAGUAUUCGAGCAAUCAAUUGGCCUUUGCGGAUGUCAAUGUUUGGCAAGCGGGCGAAGCAGCGAACCACCCGACGGGGAGCAACGUGACGAGCUUCGAUGCGUUGGAUGCGUUGCUGGCCGAAUUCAGCGAUACUCGAAAGUAUCCCAAGAUGCAGUUGAUCACGUUUGUGGGACACGGUGGUGGUGCGCAGUUGAUUUCGAGGUAUGCCAUGGCGGGAGCGGGUCUUCCUAGUUCGAGCAACAUCAAGUUGAGGUACGUCGUGGGUGAUCCUUCUUCCAACCCUUACUAUACGCUCGAUCGACCGCUUCAAGACGCGAGCGUCGCCAACAAAUCCACCUGUCCACUGUACAACCGCUGGCGCUACGGUUUCGACCGAUUCAACGGCACCUCCUCCUCCGGUCUGCUCACUCCCCAGCAGUACUUCCAACGACUCGCCACGCGUGACGUUCGUUGGGUCGUGGGUUACCAAGACACCCAACCAGACGGUGACAACACCUGCAUGGCCAAACUUCAAGGCGGUGCUGCUCGUCGCGAUCGAAACCUCAGCUGGUGGAGAUACAUCAACACGCUCGCCGGAACGAAUCAGGACCUGACUGGCUUCCCCGGUGCACUACCCGGGAUGGUCUCGUGGGGCAACCUGACAGGAAACACUCUGAACCACAGAUUGACUGUGGUCUACGAUGCGGAUCACAACGCCGAGAAGGUCUACUCGAGUCUGGAGGGCACGUCGGCGUUGUUCGAUGAUACGAAAAAUGUGCAGCUGGGCUGGAGACCCCAGGGCUGGAAGAAUGUUACGAGCGUCAACAAGUCCACUUCUGCCAAUUCGGGGAGUGGGUCGUCGACGAGUGGGGUGGCGGAGAUGGCACGGGUGAACACAGCGAUGUUGGUCGUCAUCAUGUCGCUGCUCAUCGUCGGGGCGUCGGUGUUGGUAUGA